CAGUAGGGACUUACCAUGUGGCUCAGGGAUUCCCUGCAGCACUUACCUUGUCCUUCGCUCCCACGAUGUGUCCCCUGCAGCGUCCCCGGCCAUCUCCUCCGGCCGAUGCCGGCAUCCGGCUUCCGUGUUUCGGUCCCUGUGAAAUCGGGACGUACGGGUGCCGGAACCGGUGGCAAAUUUGAAUAUUUUAAAAAAUGUCAUUUUUUUAAAAAUGACUAUUACAUAGUAUGCUUUGUCCUGCGCCCUGCCUGCAUUUUGACUGUUCUUUCU